CAAGCUGGAUCAGUGUGUAGGGAGGGCAGUCAUCACGCCAUUCUGAGCAGCAAGAGCUGAUGCUGGCUGAAGCUGCCAGGUAUCUGAAAAACAGCGAGAGAAGGCAGCUGAUACACACUUUUUUGGGCUUUGGCUUUUUUUUUUUUUUUCUUUCCCCGAAUCUGAAUCUGGACUUGAAGCAGCACAGUGCCUGAGACAGCUCCUCUGAACCACACUAUAUUGCAGCACUCACUCUUCCCAAGGAAAAAGACUCCACUGGGUAGCAGAAUGCUGCUGGUGUUGCAGCUAGGGCUAGAAUACAGAGUCUUUCUAUAACGUUUUACCACCUCUGUUUAUAUGUUUAGAAAUACAUACAUAUACUGACAUAUCACUUCUUCUUUUUUGAGGGCACCUUUGUCUUUUGUUAGCCUGAUGUGACUUCUUCAUCUUGUAAUGAUGGGAAUCUUUCUAGCUUAUGUUGGAUUAAUUUUCUUUUCAGUAAUGUAUAUUCAACAAGGACUUUCUAUGCAAGCAAAAUUCACCGAGUUUCCCCGAAAUGUCACAGCCACUGAAGGGCAGAAUGUGGAGAUGUCUUGUGCUUUUCAAAGCGGUUCCACUUCCGUGUACCUUGAAAUCCAGUGGUGGUUUCUGCGGGCAGCUGAGGACCAAGAGGCUGAAGCUGAAGUCACAGGCACUCAGGUGGAGCUCCUGCCCGAACGAGACCUGGAUAGCGACGGCACGAAGAUCAGUACAGUGAAAGUACAAGGGAAUGACAUCUCCCACAAGCUCCAGAUUUCAAAAGUGAGAAAAAAGGAUGAAGGCUUAUAUGAGUGCAGGGUGACCGAUGCCAACUAUGGAGAUCUUCAGGAAUACAAGGCCCAGGCAUUUCUCAAAGUCAUUGCUAAUAGCCAUUCUCGGCGAAUGCAAGCCUUUGAGGCAUCUCCAAUGUGGUUGCAAGACACAAAGCCUCGCAAAAACAUCUCAGCAGCUGUUCCGAGUAGCAUCCAUAGUUCUGCCAAUCAACGUGUCCAUGCCACCUCUAGCCCUGAAGCAGCAGCCCAAACCCCCAAACAAAGUCCGCAAUCAGGUGCGAGGAUAGCUACAAGCCAUGGACUUUCUGUCCUGCUUCUUGUUUGUGGCUUUGUGAAGGGUGCUUUGCUUUAAUCUAAAAGUGCUGACAUUUUCCAAUAUCACUUUCUCUUCUUAAAGCAAAGAGCAAUUCGCCUGUAAAAUCCAUGGAGAGGACAGCAAAGUUGACCCUAACCUCCAACCACCACUCUGCACCCAAUGUACUCUAAAUCUCUACACAAGGAGCACCUUCUUCAGGAAGUACAAACAAAAAUAUUACAAUAAAUACUAUAAUACAAAAAGAA